AGAGCAGCUGAUUGGCGCGACGUCACUGCUGGGAGGUCCUGCUGUGGGUGCACCCGGAAGUAGCUGCUAGUUGCUUUGCUGCUGUCAGACUGAGAGGACGUGUGCAGGAUGGUGAUGGAGGGAGAACCCGGAUGCCUGGUGAAGGUUCUGCACCUUCUGGUGCUGUCAGCCACAUGGGGAAUGCAGUGCUGGGUGACGUUUGUAGCAGGUUUUGUGAUGAUUAGGGGGGUGCCGCGGCACACAUUUGGAUUGGUGCAGAGCAAGCUGUUCCCAAUUUAUUGUCACAUAGUCCUUUGCUUCUCCUUUCUGAGCCUGGUGGUGUAUGCAGUGUAUCAUCCACGGGAGCUGCUGUCACCCAGUGAGAGCGGGCAGAUGGGUCUCUUCUUUAUUUCUGUGAUUGCAUCCGCUCUCAACGCCCGCUGGUUCUCCCCCUCCACAUCCAAAGCCAUGUUCAACAUGCAAGUCAUAGAGCGCGAGCAUGGCCUGGGAGGAGAGAUCGGGCUGAGCUCCAAUAUUGAGGGCUACAAACGUCUCAGGGAGCAGGACCCGAAGUACAAAGCCCUGCGGAAGACCUUCCUGCGUUACCAUGGCAUCUCCUCCCUCAGUAACUUGGUGUCAUUGCUGUGUAAUGGCGCCAAUCUUGUAUUCACUGCACUGCUCCUGCCCGCUAUUUAGAGGCUCGUGGGUUGUGAGGAGCUCUGCAGACCCCCAAGGACCAACAUCCAUGCCGUAUAAUCUUUUUGUUUUUCAGAUUUUAAUAUUUUUGUAAUUCCACUUAAAUUGAUGUUAAAUUUUAAACUUGAUAUAACAUUAAAGUACGUUUCUACAGAAGAGAA